AUGGUGGCGGGCGAAUGGGGCUAUGCGCCGGCGGCGGCCACCCCUGCCAUGAAUGCUUUCCUCGAAACCAACCACGCACAUCUGGCCUCCUACGGCCUGAAGAUGUCGCCCCAGCCGGGCUGCGGUGUCGGCGCCCAGCACCGCGCCGCCGCGCCGCAUCCUCCACCACCACAUCAUCCGCCACACUAUCAGCCCUAUCCCCUCCACUCCUACCAGCCGGGCUAUCUCCGCGAAUACGGCGGCUGCGGAGAGUUAUUCCCCCAACAAUCUCUGGAGCAGAGCUGGGAUUGGCGCGGUGACGUGCAUUAUCAGGGCAGUGCGCCACCGCUGGUUCCUCACGCUCAUGCGCAUGCCCCUCACGCGUUUCUACGCUAUGUGCGCGCUCCUCCUCGACGAGACAUGCGCUGUCAAUGGCUCGAUCCCGAGCAACCGCCACCGCGCAAAAUGUGUAACAAACUGUUUUCAAGUAUGCAUGAAAUUGUGACGCAUCUGACUGUGGAACACGUCGGUGGCCCGGAGUGCACGACGCACGCCUGCUUCUGGCAGGGUUGCUCGCGGAACGGGCGGCCGUUCAAGGCGAAAUACAAACUAGUGAACCAUAUUCGCGUGCAUACCGGAGAGAAACCCUUCCCCUGCCCCUUCCCUGGCUGUGGCAAAGUGUUCGCGAGAUCUGAAAACCUCAAAAUUCACAAAAGAACACAUACAGGUGAAAAGCCAUUCAAAUGCGAGUACGCCGGCUGCGACAGACGGUUUGCCAACUCUUCAGACAGGAAGAAGCACUCCCACGUCCACACGUCAGACAAGCCGUACAAUUGUCGCGUGCACGGCUGCGACAAGUCUUACACGCACCCAUCCUCACUCCGGAAACACAUGAAGGUGCACGGCGCAGCUGGGGACGCGUCACCACGCUACGACAGCGACGGUGACGACUCUUCCUCAGCAGGCAGUGUCAGCGUCACUGCCGGCGCGGCCAGUCCUGCCGCACCCCUCCCGCCGCCCCCCGCACCUGCCCCGCCGCACCACUUACACCACCAUCCCACAAUUACAGACAAACUAGAAAGCCUCAACGACAAAUAUCUUAACCCUCAUGAGCAAAAACCUUACGAACGCCCCCCGGCCGCGCCUCCUCAUCAUAAUCAGCCUCACAUAACGAAUAUCGGUGGAAACGGUGUUAUGGACAAUAAAAUCGGCUUCGGAGGUCACUGGACGCAGUUCCAGCAGCCGGCGCCGGCGAUGCCGCACGGCGUGCCCGAUUGGUGGUGCCCCACGCAGGAGUCGUACCACCAUCACCAUCUAAUGCACCACUCAGGCGCGGCCGCCGCCUAUUGACCUCACCGCGCUUAGGGAACUCUUCAUUCGACGAUCAGAACCUUAGGAUAGAAAACGAA